AUGGCUAAUAAAUUAUUAAUUAGACUAUUGAUGGAAAUAACUAUAUAUAGUUUAACUAUAACUGUUAUCAACGUUAAAGGACAAGAUUAUGAAGAACAGGGAGGCGGUGGUAGUGGUGGAUAUGAAGGUCAAGGCAAUGGUGGUCCCGGUUUUCGAGGACCAGGCAAUGGGGACCCAGGGUUUGAAGGUCCACGCAAUGGUGGUCCCGGUUUUGAAGGUCCAGGCAAUGGUGGCCCCGGUUUUGGAGGUCCAGGCAAUGGUGGCCCCGGUUUUCGAGGUCCAGACAAUGGGGACCCAGGGUUUGAAGGUCCACGUAAUGGUGGUCCCGGUUUUGGAGGUCCAGGCAAUGGGGACCCAGGGUUUGAAGGUCCACGCAAUGGUGGUCCUGGUUUAGAAGGUCCAGUCAAUGGGGGCCCAGGUUUUGGAGGUCCAGGCAAUGGGGGCCCAGGUUUUGGAGGUCCAGACAAUGGUGGUCCUGGUUUUGGAGGUCCAGGCAAUGGGGGCCCAGGUUUUGGAGGUCCAGACAAUGGGGGCCCAGGUUUUGGAGGUCCAGACAAUGGGGGCCCAGGUUUUGGAGGUCCAGACAAUGGUGGUCCUGGUUUUGGAGGUCCAGGCAAUGGGGGCCCAGGUUUUGGAGGUCCAGACAAUGGGGGCCCAGGUUUUGGAGGUCCAGGCAAUGGGGGCCCAGGUUUUGGAGGUCCAGACAAUGGUGGUCCUGGUUUUGGAGGUCCAGGCAAUGGCGGACCAGGUUUUGGAGGUCCAGACAAUGGUGGUCCUGGUUUUGGAGGUCCAGGCAAUGGCGGACCAGGCUUUGGAGGUCCAGACAAUGGUGGCGGACAAGGAGGAGGUGAUUAUGGAGGACAGGGUAAUGAUGAUGGAGGAGGAGGAGGAGGUGAUGGCGGUGACGAAUAG